UACACGCUGCUUGCAGUUGACCCUGACGCCCCCUCCCCUCACAGCCCCAAGCAUCGUUCCUGGCUGCACUGGAUGGUGGUGAACAUUCCUUCCCAUGAUCCUGCUCGCGGCGAGGUGGCGGUGGCGUACAUGCCCCCCGAGCCGGCCAAGGGCAAGCAUCGCAUUCUGUUCCUGCUCUACAAGCAGCAGGCCCGCGUGACGGUGCGCCCGCCGUCCAAACGGCAGGGUUUCCAGGUCCGCGCUUUUGAGAAGGAGCAUCAUCUGGGGUCACCCGCUGCGGGACUCUUUGUCUGGGCCGAG